AUGCAACGCGUGUCUACCGCUGCUUCGCACGACGCGGCGGGGGCCUGUGACAGGCCGGGGCAGCGUGGAGCUCGACUCAUGUUGUAUGGCAGAAGGAGCAAGCUUGAAGCAAGGGGAGAAGGGGUUGUACAUUACAGGUUGAAGAGUUUUGGCAACGGCGCUGAAGGCGUGUGUGCUGUAAAGCUUUGCGUGUGA